GACUGCGCUGGCUGCGUCGAGUGGAGCGUGCCCGAACUGCGUGCGCAAGCAUUUUGAUGAGGUUGCGGAAUACAAAUACUGCAAAGCUUGUUUUCUCGACUACCUUGAACCGCUUGCACCGGCAGCAGUCUCGCCCAUCCGCAUCCGAGGUCGAGAUGGUGGCUUAGGCCUGGCUCCUGGUCCGCAAACUGACGCGAGGACCGAGAAUGGAACAGCUGCGUCGUCGUCGACGACUACACAGGACUCCGAGCUAGAAGCAGCGCCCAAGAACAUUACAGUCAAAGAAGUCAACGGUAUACUAGCGGGAACAAGUCCAUCAACCGCUAGCACAGAAAUACUAGCGGAAAAAAGUCCAUCAACCGGUAGCACGUCAUCAGAUCUGAUUAGUAGUUCUCCCGAACCAGCAGGCGCGGAGCUUGUUUGUGAAGAACUCGGUGAAACGGCACAGCCGAGUCUUCGCAUCGCGCCUGACGUAUUCGGAGAGCCCAUACCGCCGAAACCAAAGAAUCAUCCGACACUGCGUAACUCUGAGAACAUCACUGGGUCUACCAUUGAAGCAGUUCGCUCAGUUGAUACCGUAGGACCUACAAACGGCAAGAACGUACGAGAAACUGAGCAAGUAAGGAAGGCCGAACUUAGCUGUUGUGAUAUUAGUCCAGCAAAAGCAUCAGCGUCUCAGACGACGAAAGACGAUUGCCAGAAGGCAACUUUCAUAGAGGACAGUAUCGAACUGCUCCAAUUCGAGUAUGACGCCGCAACGCGAAAGUUCGUGGAGGACUGUCACCGAGCUUACGAUCGGCGGUGGGGUCUCGAUCGGUGGCUGCUAGACUCUUUGCGCAGUCUACUUCGAUGCUGCAUGACGAACACCGACGUGAAUGGCCUGCUUGGCACCGGCAAAAUGUGGCUUCUCUCCACUCACCAGUUGCGGAGCUUGCUUUUCGACGUGGGUGAGGAGAACUCGGUAAUUACUAUAACUAAAAGUGUUACACGUGAAUGUGAACAAGAGAUUUCUCAGGAGGGAUCACCGACAAGCCAAGAGGCCAGGCCUUUGAUGCCUCUAGGAGAAGAAGGGAAUGCUCCGAGUGCAAACGGCAUGCUGAAGGGUCUGCGCUCUCUAAUGCAACGCACUUUGUCCUCUUGCAGCGACGUUCUGAGCAACGAGGAGAAAAAGGUUAAGCACGAGAGGAUGCUCAAUUUGCUUGACAUCGGUGCCGGAUGCGGGUACAUUACAGAGCAAUUGCGACCCCUGUUUCGGGGUAAGAUUGUGGCGACGGAAGUCUCCACACAGAUGGCCCGAAGAAUGAGACGUAAAUCCAACAUUUUCUCCGAAGUGCACGUAAGUGGCUCUGUUUCGCGGAAAGCGGUACCGCGGCUGUGGCGAACGACUAGUACAACUAGUUGUAGUAAAGAAGUCAAUGCCGUUGCUGACGAUCAUCAUGCUGGUCUUACUACAAGUAAUAGUUGCACUUCAUCAAGUUCUUCCUGUCGUCGAGGAAGAGAUGGGAGCUUGUUAUAUGGGAAGAGUCCUGAGCGCCAGCUCUUGAAUAACGGUGGUCAAGUAGCAGGUCAUUUGGAAGCUUCUAAAUUUGAUUUGAUCGCAUGCUUCAACGUAUUUGAUCGUUGCCAGCAGCCUCGAACGCUCUUGCGCGAAAUUCGAGAUUUGUGCCGAAACCACAAUUGUCGGGCGUUAUUUGGCGUAGUCUUUCCUUUCGAGCAGUGGGUCGAGGGACACUGUGUCCCAGCACCUCCGAAGAAGGGAGGAGGACAUCAAGGCAAAUCUGCUUCCAGUACUGGCGCAACUUCUUCUGCCGACGACUCGUCGUCGAAUUCAUCUGCUGCACCUGGCUCCUUUGAACGAAUUAAGUAUCGGGGGCAGGCACACAGGAAAAGCUUUGAGGAGCAAGCAGCGGGAUUUACGAGGCAGGUUUUGAUGCGUGAAGGCUUUCGAAUCUUGAAAUUCGGUCGCGUUCCCUACAUCUCUGCGGGGAGUGCGAAAGCGCCGCUCUAUGUCUUGUCCAAUGGAAUCUUUCUAGUGGAACCCGCUGAUGAGGAGUCUUGAAACCUGUCCACUUGAUGAUGCAAGCGCAUCUUCACAUGUUGCUCAAUACUCUGUUCCUUUUCUCUUAUUCCAUCUCGAUGUGAAGAACGAUCCUAAAACAGCUUGUUAUAAACCCGCAGGCUGACUUCCUAAUCCUAAACCGACAGUUCUUUUACGUAACUGAAAUGCCUUGUACAAAAGUAUCAAAGCCGAAAUACCAAAUUCGAAAGUGCACACGCCACCCUGUUCAUGCGUAGACUCCAUCUUGUGGGAAAAUUCGCCAACAAAGAAAUGUCAGUGGACGGAAUUUUCUAAAACCACGUAUGAUAAGCUUCGCAGAUGAGCAUUGUCAAGUCAUGUUUUAAGAGGAGCACUAAGCAGCUCAAACAAAUGAUCUACAGAAUCUAUCAUAUCGCUG